CCCCGCCCAGUCCCGGCGCAGCUCGGGCCCCGGUUCGGCUCGGUUCCCCCCCCGGUUCGGUCCCGUUCCGACCGAUACCGCCUGGUUCCGGGCUAUCUAUCCGGGUACCACCCUCCCGUUGAGGGGUUCGGCUCCGUUCCAUUCGGUUGAUCCCGGUUCGGACCGGUAGGACUUAAUCCCGGCUCGUCCCAGUUCCUCCCGGUUCGGCCCGGAUGGUGCUGCCCGGGGGCCCCGCAGCUCCGUGAGCCCCCGGUGCCCGCAUGGCUCCCGGGAUGCUGCCCCGGGCGAGCGGCUGCCCCCUCCGCCGCCUCCUCCUCCUCCUCCUCAUCAUCAUCCUCGCCGCCACCGGCUGCCUGGCGGGAGUGGUGGAGAUGGAGCGCAGCGUGACGGCGGUGCUGGGCCAGGACGUGGUGCUGCCGUGCCGGUACCGGGCGCAGGAGGAGGAGAAGGAGAAGGUGGUGCAGGUGACGUGGCUGAAGCGCGGCGCGGGCGGGCGCAGCGCCGAGGUGGCCGUGCUCAACCGCGAGCACGGCGAGCACGUCAAGGAGCCCUACGCCGGGCGGGUGCUGCGCCGGGCCGAGGGGGCGCUGGAAGACGGAGCCAUCGUCCUACGCAACGCCGUGCAGGGCGACGAGGGCGACUACGAGUGCCACCUCAUCACCUUCCCGCUGGGCAGCUUCGAGGGGCGGCUCAGCCUCAAGGUGCUCGUGCCGCCGCUGCCCAUCCUGAACCCGGGGCCACCGCUGGAGGAGGGUCAGGGCCGGACGCUGGCGGCCUCGUGCACGGCCGAGGGCAACCCGGUGCCGUCGGUGCGCUGGGAGACCGAGGUGCGCGGCACCAACACCACGCGCCGCUCGGCACACGCCCGUUCCGCCUCCGUCACCAGCGAGUUCUACCUGGUGCCCGGGCGCAGCAUGAACGGCAAGAGCCUCACCUGCGUGGUGGCCCACCCUGGUCUGCGCCAUGAAAAGAGGAUCACCCACAUCCUCAGCGUCGCCUACCUGUCGGACGCGUCGGUGCUGGGACACUCGGAGGGGUGGCAGGAGGGCACGGAGGGGGCGGCGCUGACCUGCCUGGGUGAGGGCAACCCCCCACCCACCUACAACUGGACACGGUUGGAUGCCCCGCUGCCCGCCGGCGUGCGCGUCAAGGGGGACACGCUGGCCUUCCAGCGGCCCCUCACCCCCGCCGACGCCGGCCACUACAUCUGCCGCGUCUCCAACCGCGUGGCCACCAAAGAGGCGAGAGCCAACGUCAGCGUCAGGAGUAGGGAGGAAGACAACAAAGUGCGCAAGGUGGACCUGGUCUCGGCCUCGGUGGUGGUGGUGGGCGUCAUCGCCGCCGUCCUGCUCUGUGUCCUCGUCAUCGUCGUCGUCGUCAUGACCCUCUACCACAAGCGCAAGACCAAGCGCAUCUCCGAGAAGUAUGAGGAGGAGCUGACGCUCACGCGGGAGAACUCCAUCCGCCGCCUGCACUCCAGCCACAGCGCCGACACGCGCACUCAGCUGGAGGAGACGCUGCAGCUGCGCACCGAGAGCCGCCAGGGCAGCCUGCGCGCCGACAGCCUGCGCGGCACCAGCAUCUGCUCCGCCAUGAGUGAGGAGCCCGAAGGUCGCAGCUACUCAACGCUCUCGACGGUGCGGGAGAUCGAGACACAGACAGAGGUGCCGGUGGCUCCGCUGCUGCCGGCGCUGGCGGGGAAAGACCCGAAGGAAGAGGACGAGGACGGUGGUGGCGGUGGCGGUGGCAGAGACGAUCCCAUCAAGCAAGCCAUGACGCACUUCGUGCAGGAGAAUGGGAUGCUGCAAGCCAAGCCCAGCACCAACGGCAUCUACAUCAACGGCCGCGGACACCUGGUGUGAGCGCGGCACCCCGGGACCCCCCCCCGGAUCCCGUCCCCGAGCGUCCCUUCGGAUCGGGGACACGCACCAGGACAGAGCUGCGGUCCCUCAGUGUCCCCUCGGGAUCGAGGACACGCGCUGCGCCCCAGGACAUUGCUCCCAUCCCCGAGUGUCCCCGAGGUUAGGGGGACACCCGCCAGGACAGAGCUGCGCUCCCCGAGUGUCCCCUCGCUGCUGGCACCGGGUUGGGGACACGCAGCAGGACUGGGCUUUGGUCCCCGAGUGUCCCCGAGUGCGGAGCACCCACUGGCACGGGGACACCUCUGGACGUGGGGACACCCCUGGGCAUGAGGACACCCCUGGAUGUGGGGACACCCAUGGGCAUGGGGACACCUCUGGACGUGGGGACACCCCUGGGCAUGAGGACACCU